GCCCGGCCCGGCCCGGCCCGCAGCGUGCAGCGCCGAGCACGCAGCGCCUCUCCGCCCACAGCCCCGCUCCGCGCCCCUCCACCCGCCCGGCACCCGCGGAUGCUGCGCGUCUCCCCGGGCCGCUGGUGCUAAAUGCUGAGCGCCGGCAGGAUGGAGGAGUUUCAGAGCGAGGAAGAGGAGCCCUGGUACGACCAGCAGGACCUGGAGCAGGACUUGCAUUUGGCAGCCGAGCUGGGGAAGACCCUGCUGGAGCGCAAUAAGGAGCUGGAGGACUCGCUGCAGCAGAUGUACGCGACCAACGAGGAGCAAGUGCAGGAAAUAGAGUACCUGACGAAGCAACUGGAGAUGUUGCGGCAGAUGAACGAACAGCAUGCGAAAGUCUACGAGCAGCUGGACCUGACAGCGCGCGACCUGGAGCUAGCUAACCAGAAGCUCGUGCUAGAAAGCAAGACGUCCCAACAGAAGAUACAGUGCUUGACAGAAACGAUCGAGGGGCUGCAGAACCAAGUGGAGGAGCUGCAGAAACAGGUGGAAGAAAUGCGGAGCUUGGAGCAGCUCCGCAUUCGUCGGGAGAAGAGGGAGCGGCGCCGAACCAUCCACACUUUCCCCUGCCUUAAGGAGCUGUGCUCCAGCCCCAGGUAUGAGGAUGCAUUCCAGGUCCAAAGCUCUUCGAUGGAGUUCAACCAGAAGCCAUUGGAGCGGGAGAACGAGCGUCUCCAAGCCAUGGUGAACUCCCUGAGGUCCCAAGUCAACCAGGAGAAGCAGCGGAAGGAGAGGGUUGAGCGAGAAUACACCUCCGUUAUUCAGGAGUACUCAGACCUCGAGCAGCGAGUGUGUGAGAUGGAGAACUGCAAACUGCGCAUCAAGGAACUGGAAGCAGAGCUCCUGGAGCUACAACAGAUGAAACAAGUCAAGAAGUAUCUGCUCAGCAGAGAAGACAACUUGUCUGAGGCCCUCCUUGAGCCGCUGAAUAAUGCCCCAGAAGCAGACUACAUCGACCUCUCUGAGGAAGAGGGAGGGAAAAAUCAUGGGCCGUCAAUGACACCUUCCCCAAACCAUCCUGUUCGGAAAAGCUGCAGCGAUACAGCACUCAAUGCCAUCGUGACCAAGGAUGCUGUGAGCCGGCAUGAGGGCAAUUACACGCUGCAUGCUAACAACGUGCGCAAACGGGGCAUGUCCAUCCUAAGAGAAGUAGAUGAGCAGUAUCAUGCCCUGCUGGAGAAAUACGAAGAGCUCCUGAGCAAAUGCCGGCAGCACAAGGACAGUGUGCGCCAUACUGGGGUCCAAACUUCCCGCCCCAUCUCUCGUGACAGCUCCUUCAGAGACUUCCGGGGAGAGGGGCAUGAGCUGGAAGAACGUAAAACCAUGGAGAAGACCAUCACUAAACACGUGGAAGCCGUGGACAAGCGGCUGGAGCAAAGUCAGCCUGAGUACAAAGCUCUUUUUAAGGAGAUCUUCUCCCGCAUCCAGAAAACAAAAGCAGACAUCAAUGCGACAAAAGUGAAAAACAAAAGCAGCAAAUGAAUCCUGACUCUUUGCAGCUCCUACAUACAAUCUCAACAGCCAAGUCUUCUCUUUAGCCCCAGGAAAUUUUUGUGGCCCCACUGCUUUGAAGGUUCAAGAGACUCAUGUUAUAUUCUUGUAUGGGAAGGGGACUCUAAAAGCAAGAAAUGUCAUGGAGACUUAAGUCACUUUUUUAAGCUAAGGCUCUGGGCAACUUGUUGGAAAAAUUGUACAUUGUAGUUAGAGAAUUUGAGAAACUGUACAAUGAAUCUCUGCAUGAGUUGCUGCCGCAGCCAGAAAUCAAAUCAGCAACAAAAACCACAUCACAAAAAAGAAAACUGAUCACUUCCUCCACCCUUUUCAGCUUGUCUUACAGUCACUCUGAUUAUCUGCAAGCAAAAGCCUGGAUGUGCUCCAGUGUUCUGCACCAGCUGGAGUGCAAUGUUACAAAAUAAAUCAGAAAAAGCCAUCAGAACUUUAGGGGCUGUUUGGGAACAUCAGCCCAACCCCUCCACUUCGGUUUUAUGGCUAAGAACCUGCGCUUGUACCUGAGAGACUUUCAUCUAACCUUUCCCCUUCCUUAAAGGGCAGCAUGUUCUUGCUAUCUAAGCCAUUCUCUUAUCAGUCAGGUUUUUCAGCUAUUUACAAUGCAAGCUCAUUGCAACUGGACAAACUUGAAGAGAAACAAAACUGAUUGUCCUGUCUUCAUCAGCAUCACUUAGUAAUUCAGCCCAUACUCUCCAGACUUUGUAGGCAUACGGGAUUUACUUGCUUUAAAUCUGCCCCAGUAUUUCAACCCUGGUGACUUGCUAUGCCUGGUAGGAACUUGAUGACCAGGGCUUUCCCAUAAGCUAGGCAAUAAGUGCUAUUACAGUAUCGGAGGCAUGCCUUCAGGGCAUGGUCUGGGCAGCAGCUCUCUGUGCUGUGCUAUUCCAGAGGUUGGCAUUGCCCCACUCUAGCAAGCUCCUCAAAUAUAACCUGCAUGGGCUUGCAAAAACUGACUAGUAGUGACUCACAUGUAGUAGAAGGAUAAUAACAAAGCAUCAUAUUCUUACAGCAUCGAGAGCACUGGCCCUGGCAGUAGUGCUGAUCACACAGUGACCCACACUUUUGCUCUGAGUAUAUUCCCAGAUGGGAGGACAGAUUUCAGUAUUCUGCUGAAAAUAAACGAACUUGGCUGAGUUACUGUCUCCAAAGGGUGCACCUCUCAUAUUCCAGUUCACUUCCCAGCACUGAAAUCUCCUCACUGUUGCUUCCACAGACACGCAAACACAGCCGAAAGGCCACUGUAGUCUCAGGAAUCACCAGUUUCCAUUUUUCAUAAACUAAAUGUUGACGUCGUUAGAUCAGACAUCCAUUUUAGGCAGUGAAGCAGCAUUUCAUUACAGCUUAGGCGACACCCUGAGCACUGAGCCACAAGAAAGGAGCAGUUCGGUGUAAGCUACCUAUUCCGUACCCACUUGGAGAAACUUUAGACCAGAUUUGGAUUCUAUAAUUACCAGUUUACAUCCCAAAAUCUCAAAAUUGGUUAGGAUUUUUGCUAUAUUGACUAAAAUAAAUCUCACUUUGGAGAGGAAAGGCUGUUAAAAUGUAAUUAUGUUCCAAAUCUAAGGCCUUGACGUUAUGAGGAGCUACCUUUCUUUCACUCACAAUUAAAUUAAUAUUGCAAAAAUACCCCCUCAGCCCUCUCUUUUGUUCAGAUGGCUGCCACUGAGACAGGGUGGCAAGAAUGGGAUGCCCAGAUCACGCCACAGCCUCUCACGUUGGCUUCCCCAUAGGUUCCCGUUCUGGAAGUAUCCUCAUCGAACUACCCAAACGCUCCUCCCUUCUGUGCUCUGCAUUUUCAGGUGCCCAAUGGCCCCAAAUUCAAGAAACAUUAGGAGCCAUGUGCACUAUUGUGGCUAUCAGCUCUGUAACAGUAUGGAGAACCUUCAUGCCUUAUUUAUUUAUAAUUGAAAGCGGUUGUAUAAAAAAAAUAAAAAUGAGCAACAGCAACAAAA